GCGGGCCGGGAAUAAGCGUCGGGGGACGGUAGCUGGCAAGGCUCAUGCUAGAGUGCUUCGCGACUGCUUCGGGGAUUGUCAGGGUACCAGGAACCAUGACAAACCUGCGGCUGCUCGGCACUCCCUUCCUGUGCGUCCUGCUCUGGACCUUUUGUGUUCCACACACCAGGGCCCAUGACCCUGGGGCUGGCACCCAUCAAGGCAGCGUGGGCCUGGACAAGAACACAGUGCACGAUCAAGAGCAUAUCAUGGAACAUCUAGAAGGUGUCAUUGACAAACCAGAGAAGGAGAUGUCCCCUCAAGAACUGCAGCUCCACUAUUUCAAAAUGCAUGACUAUGAUGGCAAUAAUCUGCUUGACGGCUUAGAGCUCUCCACGGCCAUCACUCAUGUCCAUAAGGAGGAGGGGAGUGAUCAGGCUCCAGUAAUGAGCGAGGAUGAACUGAUUAGCAUAAUAGAUGGCGUUUUGAGAGAUGAUGACAAGAACAAUGAUGGAUAUAUCGACUAUGCUGAAUUUGCAAAGUCCCUGCAGUAGCUGUUACAUGCAAAUGUGACCCUUGAUAAUGUGAUGGACCUUGUCUGGUAUGCCAAACAACUCAUUUCCAUCCUCUGGCAGUUGGUUCCACUGGGGUGGGGAAGAAGCCAAAAGUCCCCAAGUGCUUUUAAACUUGUUGGACUGGAGCUAGACAAGACUCUUCAGAAGGGUGUUGGAUAUUAUUCCCAAGCUCUCAGGAACUUGACUGUACAAUGCCACUCUAAUUUCUUGAUGUUAAUUCAUGCUACCUGGAAAGUAAAGACAUCUGCUGUGCCAAGUGGACACUCUUCAGUGACCGUGGAGGGAACGUGUGCAUGCCACACGUUUUCCCUGGCGGGUCCUGUCUCUAGGCAGAUGUGGUCAGGAUUCUGUUCCCCUGCAUACAGCAUCACUUUGGGCAGGUGGCUCUAUACUAGCAUAUAUUAAAGCCACAGCAUAAGAAGACCGUCACCUAUUGAGUUCACCCGGAUGCACAGACGUAAGAUUCUGUGUCCGUUGGUGUUUUGGAGAUGAGACACCACUGGCCUAAGUAGUGUUUUCCAGUUCUUCAGUAUUUUAUACAACUACUGCCACCCCAGCCUGGGAGACCUUAAAUUUGAGAGUGUUUUCUAAUCACUAUCUACUGUUUGAGUUCCCCUAAUCCUUGUAUUCAUCCUUGCUCCCAGGGCUCCCUUCAUGGAGUAUGAGCUAAUGACGUGAUUUUGCAGGUUUGAACUAUCAGCUGGUCUAGCCUGAACAAGACCCUAAAAGAUGAGUCUCUCAGAAUGGUGAUUAACCUCAUUGAAGUUUUGAAGGAAUGUUUUAAAAAUUACCUCUUUGAGCCUGAAUAUGAGAAUUUUUCCUUUCGGGGAAGCUCAGAAAAGGAAGCCUAAAGCCUUUUAGCAUUGUGAUUCCUAGUAGAGGCUGAAAGACACGCAGCCGCGGGGUGUAAUUUGCUUUGUGGGAUGUGGCAGACAUUACUAUAAAAGAGAAUCCAGAGUGAUGGCAGGACCGGAAAAAAACAAUCAAAUUUGCUUUAAGACCUAUAGAGACUUAUUUUCUUUAUUGAAGUAUUCUUGUAAGAAAACGUAUGUAUUUGUAGGACAGUUUCCUGUGUUAAGUAUUUGUGCAAUCAGAGCUGACUUGUAAACUAUUCUUGUAAUAUCUCAUUAUUUUGAAAGAUUUAUAUAAUGAACUCUGGCUAUCUGAUAAUAAAUGGCUAAAAAAAA